AUGAAGUUCGUCCGCUACUUUAUAGCUUUUUCAACUUUAUGCUUAUCAACAACACUAUCACAGGAUUCUUCAGACAAAAGUUCUGAAGAAAACAUCAUGCCAAAAUGCUUUAAACCACAAUACGAAAUUAGCUCUUCGGGUGACAUCAAAAAAAUCAGUGACUGUCAAACAAUUUCGGGCAGUAUCAAUAUUCAUGGAUAUGAUAACGAGCUUCUAGAACUUGGUUCAAUUAGACAAAUUAAGGGAGAUCUCAAGAUAUCUAAUGCAAGCCAAGUUAUGAGAAUAGAAGCCCCUGAAUUGGAAUCAAUUGAUGGAUCUUUUACACUCAGCACUUUGACUUCGCUUACAUCGGCCUCUUUCCCAAAGUUAGAAUCAGUGGACACCCUUGAAUGGAAAGUUCUUCCAAUUUUAAGUUCGGUCGGUCUGAACAAAGGUAUUAAAAAAAUCAACUCCAUUAUAAUGUCUGAUACUUCACUCACGGGAUUUGGAGGCUUUAACGUGGACACACUCAAGACACUCAGAAUUGACAAUAAUAGGUUCUUGGAAAGGAUCGAGUCGUCAGUAAAAGAAAUAACGGACGAAUUAAUUAUUGCAGCAAAUGCUAGGAACUUAGAAGUUGCGUUUCCAGAGUUAGGCUGGGUCAAAGUUGCUAUGAUCAAGGAUACAAAGAACUUAGAUCUUGGGGGCUUGCAAGUAGUCCAGUCUUCAGCCGAAUUCAUUGAGAAUAAAUUCGAUACAUUAAGUCUUCCUAAACUUAAAUCAAUUGGGUCCACUUUGAGUAUGAUAAACAACAAGAAACUUGAGAAUGCCGACUUCAGCUCAUUAGUUGAAGUGGGUGGAGGCUUGAUGAUCAUCAAAAACAAUAAUUUAAAGGAAAUCAACUUCUUCCCAGCCUUGAAAUCAGUUGGUGGUGCCAUUGAAUUUGAAGGUGAUAUUAAUGACAGCAGCUUUAAAAGACUCAAGAUUGUAAAAGGAAGCGCAAUAAUGAAAUCCUCUUCCAGCUCCUUCGAUUGUCAAAAAUGGAUUGACAAAGAGGUUAGUGACGUUGUUAGGGGUGGGAAAAUUGAAUGUGGGUCCGGAAACUCAGAAUUCACUGAAGUGAUUCAUAUUGAUGAGGAUGGUGAACGUACUGGAACAAGCACCGGUAGAAAUAAUGCCAAAACUUCCGACAAAGGAAGAGGUGUACACAAUGUGCAUGAUUCCACAAGUGUUGCAACCCAUUCAUUUGGUGACACAAGAGGGCUUCUCAGUAUAUUUGUUGCAUGCUUGACAAUUAUGGCAGCUGUUGAAAUUUCAAGUUAG